AUGUCGCAGCUUAGUGUGCCUAGGAGCCAAGAGUGGCCGCUAUCAUCUCUUCCGUCUACCCACCUGGCAUCUUAUUCCAUCUCCUCACGGGCACAUCAGCCUUCAGAGUCUGAGCUGGCGCAGGUUGCUCAGCUGUCGUCCCGUGUCAAUUACCCCUAUGACCGUCUUGGGAGUAUUCAUCUCGAUAGAAACAAAGAGCGCGAGAACACGCAUGAGCAAAUGCCUGCACUGCCGUCUUUUCAAGCCUUACAGCGCUCAGUCGAUCAACCACAGUUGGAAAAGUCGUCAAGAGGGAACCGACGUUCUCGACACUUCAAAUGA